GUAUUCCCAAUAUUUAACUGUCAUUAGUGUCAGAAUUUUGCCAACUGGGUUGAGGUUUUUGAUAAAAUACCCAUAUUGUCACAAAUUUUUCGGUGAUCACGUCGUAAAAUGUCUCAAACAGUUCCCCUAAUCCUACAGGAGGACAUCGAGCAAGGCGGCAAAGAAUAUGAAGACGAAAUAGAGAAUGACUUUGCCUAUAGAAACAAUGUAUGGCAAGCAACAAAAUCUAUCAGACUUGCUUUCAUACGCAAGGUAUAUGGUUUACUCACGAUGCAGAUAUUCCUAACCAUUGUCAUUGCUGCUGUGUGCAUGUUCACUCCACCUAUUCGAAGUUUCGUUCAGUCCAACGAUUGGAUGAUGUUAGUAACGUUCUUCGGAAGUAUUGCUUUGUUACUCGCUCUGCACGUUAAAAGGCGGGAGUCCCCAGCUAACUUCAUACUACUAACAGCAUUCACCGUUGUUCAAGCAUACACAAUUGGGGUUAUUGUAACUUUUUAUUCGCAAGCGGUUGUCUUGCAAGCCUUACUUCUGACCUUAGUUGUUUUGGGAGGACUAACGUUGUAUACUUUCCAAACAAAACGUGACUUCUCGGCCAUGCAUUCUGGGUUAUUUGCCGGAUUAAUAAUUCUCAUCAUUGGAGGGAGUAUGCAAGCAUUUUUACAAUCGUCCAUUCUUGAAAUUGCUAUUUCUCUUGGAGGAGCACUAGUAUUUUGCCUUUUCAUUAUAUUUGACACGCAGAUGAUUAUGAAGACAUUGUCUCCAGAGGAAUACAUACUGGCCACCAUCAAUUUAUACAUGGAUAUUAUCAAUUUGUUUAUUUAUAUUUUGCGUAUUCUGCAAGAAUUGAAUAGAAAUUAAUUCUGUCAAAGUUUAGCAGUUAAAUCUAUGAAGUUAUGUGCAUUUUAAAAUAAAAGUAUUGUAAUAUAUUGAUUUGAGAUGAAUAAUUCGUAUUUAGUUUGAGGUUGUAAUUGUACAGUGUUGAAUAAAAUUAUUCAAAUAA